UUCAGAUAGUUUCUCAUUCACACCGGAGUCGUUGUUUGGCCGCCGGUAAGCUUCCACUCCCAUUCUUCUUCCUCAUCAUCCGACCAGUCUGUUGAGUUCGAUUUGUAGUUUCUUGUUUUUUUGUCCAAGGAACUAAAUUAUCUAGAACCAACCGAGAUCAGGCUCUGAGAUUUCGUCAUUGACGAACCUAUGUAGUGACUCGAAACGGUCACGAACGUUCUAGAGUCUUAGCUGGAAUUUCGACCGCAAAGCUUUCUAUUUCGAAGAUGGCGUUUUUUGUGCUGUCCCGUGUUUCAAGACGGUUGUUGAAACCAACCGUCUCGGCAACUCUCUCUGUAUUCCACUCUCAACAACAUAUAUACUUGUCCACACCUGUUACUAUUACACACUACAUCAACCCUUUGUGUAAGUAUACUCUGUGGAAUCAUCAUAACCACCAAGCUAAUAGAUUGGUUGCUGGAAUGUGGUCGUCGUCUUUGGUUUUGGAAAGGGGUCGUCAGGAGAUGAGUGGUUUUGGUGGUGUUAAGGAAGAUUCUUCUUGGAUAGAUUUGUAUUUACCAGAAAGAGCUAGAGGUUAUGCUAAGCUUGCUCGUUUGGAUAAACCUAUUGGCACUUGGUUGCUUGCUUGGCCUUGUAUGUGGUCAAUUGCGUUGGCUGCUGAUCCUGGGAGCCUUCCUAGUUUUAAAAUGAUGGGUUUGUUUGGUUGCGGAGCUAUACUUCUUAGAGGUGCUGGCUGUACUAUAAAUGAUCUGCUUGAUCAGGACAUUGAUACAAAGGUUGAUCGUACAAGAUUAAGACCUAUAGCCAGUGGUCUUUUGACACCGUUCCAAGGGCUUCAAUUUCUUGUGCUACAAUUGCUUCUAGGCUUAGGGAUUCUUCUCCAACUUAACAAUUACAGCCGUCUGUUAGGGGCUUCAUCAUUGUUCCUUGUCUUCUCCUACCCGCUUAUGAAGAGGUUUACAUUUUGGCCUCAAGCAUUUUUAGGAUUGACAAUAAACUGGGGAGCAUUGUUAGGAUGGGCUGCAGUUAAAGGAAGCGUAGAGCCAGCUGUUGUGCUCCCUCUGUAUCUCUCUGGAAUCUGCUGGACUCUUGUUUAUGAUACUAUUUAUGCACAUCAGGACAAAGAAGAUGAUGUGAAGGUUGGUGUGAAGUCUACGGCUCUUAGGUUCGGUGAUAACACAAAGCUUUGGCUAACUGGAUUUGGCACAGCAUCCAUGGGGUUGCUUGCACUUUCUGGACUGAGUGCAGAUCUCGGGUGGCAAUACUACGCGUCACUGGUGGCUGCAUCGGGACAGUUAGGAUGGCAAAUAGGGACAGCUGACUUAUCAUCUCGCCCUGACUGCAGUAGAAAAUUUGUGUCAAACAAGUGGUUUGGUGCUAUUAUAUUUAGCGGAGUUGUACUUGGAAGAUCUUUUCAAUAGAGAUCUCUCUCUCUCUCUCUCUCUCUCUGUUGAUGAAUGCUCCAUGAAGCUGUUCUGAGAGUACAGAGUAAACCCAUGCCUUCAGGAUCCGAAAACUCAAGGAAGCUGAUUGUCAGUCAGAUAAGCUGAAACUUUUGACUCUUCUCUUCUGUUAAUAAGAACUGUUGUUUUGUGAUUCAUGUCUUGGUCCAAAUUGUUGACUGAGUAAACCUUCUAGACAGUGUAGAGGCUUUUAUAAAAUAGUUAUCAUACGGUUAUUUGUAAUUAGAGGAUUAAAACCUAGUAAUAAUUUUAUUUUAUUUUCAAUCUCAAA